UUAAAUCUCCCGCAGCUGCCCAAUCACAGAGCGGGUAGCCUCUGACCCGGAAACACAAGGCGCUAGGGCCGGAAGCGCCCACGAGGUAGUACAAACUCUUCGCGGGAGAGAGAUCGGCAGGCAGGCAGGGAGGCGCAGAUCUCCAUGCCCUACAGAAGAAGUUACAUCUGUGCUAACUUGAUUUUUACCAAUGAAGAUGAAGCAAGACUCUGCUCGAAAUGCUACCUACACUGUGGAUUGUGAGGAUUAUGUGCAUGUGGUGGAAUUCAAUCCAUUUGAUAGUGGAAAUGUAGGUUCCCUAAUUGCAUACGGUGGCAAUAAUUAUGUAGUUAUUGGGACUUGCAGAUUUCAGGAGGAGGAUGCAGAAGUGGAAGGAAUACAAUAUGAGACAUUAAGAACAUUUCAUCAUGGAAUCAGAGUCGAUGCCAUAGCAUGGAGUCCAGAAACCAGACUGGAUGCUUUACCUCCCCAGAUAAGAUUUUGUACUGCAGCUGCUGAUAGGAAGUUAAGGCUAUUCACUUCAGAUCUCCAGGAUAAGAAUGAAUAUAAGAUCUUUGAUGGCCACUCAGAUUACAUUAAUGAUCUGGUGUUUGCCCCUAAAGAAGGUCAGGAUAUUGCAAGUGUGAGUGAUGAUCACACCUGCAGGGUUUGGGACUUGGAAGGAAAUCAAAAGGCUUAUUUUGUUCUACGUUCCCCUGGAAUGAGUGUGUGCUGGCAUCCUGAGGAGGCUUUUAAGUUGAUGGUAGCAGAGAAGAAUGGAACAAUUCGAUUUUACGAUCUCAUUACCCAGCAGGCCAUUCUGUCUCUCCAGUCUGAACAAAUGCCAUUGAUGUCCGCACAUUGGUGUUUAAGAAACACCCUUAAAAUUGGAGUGGUUGCUGGAAAUGAUUGGUUAAUCUGGGAUAUUACUCGCUCCAGUUAUCCACAAGAUAAGAGACCUGUCCAUGUGGAUCGAGCCAGAUUAUUCAGGUGGUCCAGAGUGAAUGAAAACUUGUUUGCAACCACUGGCUAUCCAGGAAAGAUGACUUCCCAGCUUCUAGUUCAUCAUUUAGGACACCCUCAGCCCAUUCUUAUUGGCUCUGCAGCUGUAGGAUCUGGUUUGACCUGGCAUAGGACUCUUCCAUUAUGUGCAGUUGGCGGAGAUCAUAAACUUUUCUUUUGGGUAACAGAAAUGUAAAAUAAAUGGGUGCUCUGAUUUAUUAAAUUCUCAAAUAUUGUCCCUUUUUGUAGUAAGAAGUGAAGAAAUCUAGUCAUUCUUGUAUAUUAAUAUUUAUUGGAACAAGAAUAAAAUAACCAAAACACACGAAACUAAACUUAAAUCCCUUUUGCUUGUUUUUAGAUGACAAUUAUAACAAGAUUUGUUAAGGCAGAUACUAUAUUUCAGAUAGUGGUGUGACUUUCAUAAUAAAACAUAAGUACCUUUUUUCACAAUAUUUGUUGAUGAGAUGUUUUUUAAACAACCUUCUUUAGACCAGUGGUUUUCAAACUUUUUUUUCUGGGGACCCAGUUGAA